AUGAAGUCUGGCGAUCGACAGAAGGCGACGACGGAACGCGAGGCCACUCGCGGACUUCGCACGGCUGGAUCCAAAAAACAGCAGGGAAAUAAGAAAAAGCAACCACAACAGGAAUACGCGAUGAAAACGGAGAUUCACGGUGCACAUCAACGUCGUCUGACGAUCGAGAAGAGUAUUCUGAAGGAAAUUGACGCCUACACGACGGCGAAUUCGAAAACGCGCCAUUUCUGCGAACUCAUCGAUUCCGGACAAACCGCUGAUUAUUCGGUGAAUUUUGCGUGGAUCGUAAUGACUCUAAUCGGACCAUCAUUGGAUAGUGUUCGACGAAUGCUCAAUAAACAAUUCUCCAAACCGUGUGUCAUCAAUAUGGCAGUUCAGAUUUUAGAAGCAGUAGAAAUAAUGCACGAAGUUGGUUUCAUUCAUCGAGACCUAAAACCGGGAAACAUUUGUACGGGAAAUCCGCCCCAGGACGAUCAUAUUUUGUAUAUUUUGGAUUUUGGAAUCAGUCGGCGGAUUUUCAAAAAUCAUAAAAGUCGAGAGCACAGGAACAAGCGGGAUCGUGUCCCAUUCUAUGGUACCCGAAAAUUUUGCAAUCGCGCUUGCCACAUGGAACAAGACCAAGGACGAAAAGACGAUAUGGAGACGUAUGUGUAUACGGUACUUGACCUAUUCCACAACGAACGAGGCCUUCCGUGGAGCAAAUGUCUAGGGGAGCCCAAGAAAAUUGUCGAGAAGAAGAAGGCGUUGUGUGCGAAUCCGACGAAAGAACUCGAUCCAAUGAUUCCAGCGAGCAUUGCGAGAAUUUUGAUCUACUUGAAUGGCUUGAAAUUUCAGGAUCCCGUGGAUUAUCGACUAAUAGAAAAUGAGCUUCUAUCGGCUCGAAAAGAAGUUUCGACGUCGGAACCAUCUGAUGAGCAUAUGGAUUGGACGGGAAAGCUGGAGAAAUUGGUGAAAGAUGCGAAGAAGAAUAAUAAGGCGGCGACACCGCAGGGCGAAGAAACAUUGAUGUUUGAACGUCUCCAACGUGCUCGUCGUGCUCGAGAAGUGAAUUCUGGCUGUAUGUCGGGCAAUGAGAGUUUUAUGAUGAAAACGCUGACGAAAGAGGGUGAAGGAUCGGAGGGACCACCUGGAGCUUUCAACGAGCGAGCACUAACCACAGUUGGAACUACAGGAGGCCCACGGAAAGUCGAAAAACCAGUGAAAAUUGCGAAAAAGAAAAGUCGGAGUAAAAACUAA